AUGAAUUUUAAAGAAUAAUCUGGCAUGUAAUUAUUUUAUGAUUCUGCAACAAGUCAUAACAGACAUCAUAGCAAUGUGGAAUUUUAAUAAAACAGUUCUAAUGUUAAUUCUUUUCUCAGUUUGCAAUCUCCCACAAAUAGAAAAACAUCAGAAUGUAACGGAUUAGAGAAAAAAAUAUUAAGUUCAAGGAGUUAAAUACACAGAAUGAUGGAAAAUUUCUCAAGAAACUAUGAUUUAAUAUAAUAAUCAGAUCCUAUAGAACAUAUUGUUGAAUUCACUCCCUAAUUAUCACCAAUUGGGAGUGUUGCAGAAUUAAAAAAGCAAAUCGAUAUAAAACAUGAUGGUUCUUUAACUUUAUAAGAGUUGAAAUCUAAUCAAACAAGCAUAAUUUAAAUAACAAGAUUCAGGUUCAAUUAUUUUUAUGUGAGAAUUUAUGAUAGGGAAAGUCCAUUAUAAGCUUAUGUCAGAAGUGAAAAUUCGAAAUUAUAAACCUUUAAGAUGUAUAUAUCUACGGUGGCUCAAUUUCCCACUAGUUUUAAUUGUGAAUAAGCAAUAUAGUCUAAAUAUUUUAAAUUUGCAGAUUAACAAUAGAGGGAUACUUUUCAUAUGAAGAAUUUAUAUAUUUCAAUGUAUUCAGAAGAGGAUUGUCUUAUAGCAAUAAACUUUAUUUUUGGUCAUUAUUUUAAGAAAAAAGUAAAGACAAUAAAGGAAGAAUUAGAUUCGGAUAAAUAUAAAUCAAAAUUAUAUUCUUUGAAUACUCCAAGAUUAGAUUAAAUUCAGAUGGAUAAAAUAGCUAACAAUUUAAAUACGAAACAAUAUUAAAAAGAUUGUAACAUUAUAUUUUAAUUAAAAGAAAUUGAAUAAAAGAUUAAGAUAAGUUAAAGAUUACUAAAAUAAAGAAUCUUGCAGGCAGGAGAAAGAAAAAGAGUGAUUUAUGAAGAUAAAAAGAUGGACAUAAUCAGCAAAUUAAAAGCAAAUGAAUCUUUAAAAGAAAUAAGAAACAUUCAAAAACAGAUAGAAAUUUAAUAAAAAUUGAAAAUACGCAAUCAAAUUAUUUGGUUUGAAUUAAUUAAGAUUGCUUAGUAUGCUGCUUAAAUGAAAGAAAUGUUAGAUAAAAUGAAAUUACAUAAUAAAUAUUUAGCAAAGGGACGUUUGAUAGUUUGGCAAUACAAGACUAUAACUAUGAUAAAAAUAAAAGGGAUGGGUGCAACAGUUGAAGAUAGAAGCAAAUUCAAAAUGUGUUUAUCAGUCAAAAUCUUUACUUAACAACUAAGGGGAUUCUCAAAAGUAAGAGCUAUUAAACUUAUCCUAUAAUUUCUACAUACCACUCACUUAUACAUAUAAUGUUUGUAAAAACAUCAUUAUUUUGUUGAAAAAGUGAACUAUGUUAAGAGAGUGUUUAAAAACUUGAAAUAGAAACACAAGGCAUAUAGAGAUAGAUUAUGGAGAUUGUUGAAUAAGAAUGGCUAAGCUAUUAUUCUUGAAUUGAUUAAUAAACAUAGUCAAAUAAAAAAGAGACAAUAUCAUAUUGAUAAUAUUUUAUUAUUAUAGAUAAUGGAUGAUUUCAUUAAAGAAAAGAAAUAAAAAUGUUAAUAAUAUGCUCAAAAUUAUAUUCAAGAAAAAAAUAAAAAGAAAAAAGUACUUGAUUUCACUUUAAGUAUGAUGCAACCUGAGAUGUUUAAUGCUCCCGCAUAUGAAGAUUUAAUAGAAAUUUAUAAAAAAUAUGCAGUAAAAAAAAAUAUUGCCAUCCAUGAUUCACAUAAUUGA